AUGAUAGAAUCUUCUUCACCAGAUACUCAUUCUAAUAUUUCUUCUGAUACUGAACUUACUAAUAUAUCUUCUAAUACAAAACAAUCUUCUAUUGAUGUUGACCUUCAAAGACGUUAUAUGAACUAUCAACCUGAUAUUGCAGCUGAAAUGGAAAAAUGGUAUGCCAUGACAAAUAGAUAUGGUUUUAUUGAAGAACAAAUAACUGAACCCACUGAAAGUCAGAAACGACGCGAAGUAGAACGUGCUACUAAAUGGGCUUCUAUGAAAAAACAACUUUUGGUGGAUGGAACUCAUGAUUUUCACUUUAAUUCAAAGUUUGUCAAACGUAUUUACAAAGGAAUACCCGAUUCUUGGCGAAGAGAUGCAUGGUAUUAUCUAUGUACUGAUCGACUUCAACAAACGAAAAAAGAUGAUGAUUUAAAAUCACUUUAUAAAACUUUAUUAACUAAAACAACUUCAAACGAACGACAAAUCGAUUUGGAUAUACCAAGAACAAUGCAUGGUCAUAUUAUGUUUCGUCAACGUUAUGGUUCAGGACAAAGAGCAUUAUUCAAUGUUCUUCGUGCUUUUGCUGCUUAUGAUGAAGAAGUCGGUUACUGUCAAGGUAUGGCCAAUGUUGUUGCUAUGAUUCUUAUGUAUUGUGAAGAUGAGGUAAAUAAUAUAAAUAUUUAUAUUCAUAUCAUUGUAUUAAUAAUAUCUUUAUAG